AUGGACAAUAGAGAAGAUCGAGUAGCUUUAAGGUUAUGUGAGAAGAGGAUGUGCGUUAUGAGCAAGAAUGAAAGCUUUGAUCGGAUCUCGUGGUUGCCGGAACAUGUUCUCCAUGUGAUACUAGAUAAACUUCCAUUGAAAGAUGCAGGUCGAAGUUCUGUAUUGUCCAAGACCUGGAAAAGUGUUUGCAGUUCAUACCCCAUUGCCCCCUUUGUAAAUUUAGAUCAUAACUUAUUUGGACUGAAAUUGCUUGAAGGUGGGCAAGAGCCUGAUAUUGAUGAAAUAAGGGAGAAUUUUAUGGAUUUUACAAAAGACGCUGGGUGGAAGGAAAUCGAUGAGGAUUCUGUUUAUUACAGUAUCUACUUCUCUGUUCUGGCUUCUAAAGGAUUGUGUUCCCUUAAUGUACAUGGAUGCAAGUUUUCUAGCAACAUGUCGAUUGCCUUUUCCUCUCUGCAGUACUUGUCCUUAUCGUAUGUUGUGAUCGACAAGGGUGAUGUAAUGAAUACAACGCGCUCUAGUCCUGCGAUUGAAAUUUUAGAGUUUGAUCAUUGCACAUAUUGGAUUGAAACCCUUGAGCUUUCGGUAUUUCCUAGGCUAAAGAAAGCUACUUUUCUUGAAAAUUAUGAUUGGCUCUCUAAUAGAAGGAUUCAACCAACAGCGGAGUAUAGCUUCCACGAGGAGCAGGCUUACCCCCCCUAUCCCGAGCACUCACGCUAA